UAGUGGCACUAGAUCUCGCUCUGAACGUUACUAUCAUCAUAAUCUUUUUAUCAAUCCUUUUGAAUCUCCUUCUCCAAAACCCUAGAUCAUGAAUGUGAGUUAUACAAAUGUCACUCUCUUACCAUAAAUAGAAGAUAAAAUAAAGAAAAUCAAAAAUUUGUUGUUUGGAAAACCCAAAUCUCUGAUUGCCCAGCGUCCUUAUAAGCCACUGCUUCGAUCUGCACAACACACAACACACACAAAGCUUCUCUCUCUCUCUCUCUAUUCUCUCUCUUUCUCCAUCACUGAAACCCAAAGCCUAUCCACCAUUUGUUCUUUUUUACUUCCUUUUUACUAGGCAGUUUUUAUCAACCAAUUGAGUUUAAAAAGUAAUGGGUGAAGCUGGUUAUGCUCAUGAUGUGGAAACCAAGGUAUCUGCUCUAAUGGCAAGUGUUGAUCAUCUUCCAAUGUUUGGAUCUGAGUCUGGUCAUGAUAAUGGGUACUUAUCGGCGUCUGUGCCUCUUCUGGGUGUUAACUGGAAGAAGAGAAGGAUGCCUAGGCAGAGACGCUCGUCUUCUUCCUUUAACCUUCUCUAUUUUCCUACUUUGCCUCCCUCUUCCCACGUGCCGACUCAUCUUCCCGCACGUAAAAUAGACACAGGAAAGCUAAGAUUCCUCUUCCAAAAGGAAUUGAAGAACAGUGACGUCAGCUCCCUCCGCCGAAUGAUACUCCCCAAGAAAGCAGCGGAGGCUCACUUGCCGGCGUUAGAAUACAAGGAAGGGAUACCUUUAGAAAUGGAAGAUCUGGAUGGUCUUCACGUUUGGACCUUCAAGUACAGGUUCUGGCCUAACAACAAUAGCAGAAUGUACGUGCUCGAAAACACAGGGGACUUUGUGAGUACUCAUUGUGUGCAGCCUGGUGACUUCAUCAUGUUCUACCAAUAUCUCGACUCUUGCAAUUACGUGAUACAAGCAAAAAAGGCAUAUGAAGAAGAAGAAGAAGAAGACAUAACAAACGUGGAAGAAGAUGACGUUUACACAAACUUAACAAGGAUUGAAAACACUGUGCUUAACGAUCUUCCCCUCCCAGAUUAUAAUCAGCAUUACAACAACAACAACAACGAAAAAUGUUCUUACGUUUACCCCGCCUUCGAUGAUGUCACCGCCACAACCACCAACGCACCUUUCGUUUACGACACGACGGCUCUCAGCUCAAACGACACUCCUCUCGAUUAUUUGGGUGGGCCCGCGACGACGACAUCGACUAACAGUUAUUACUCCGAGUUAGGACCAUUCGAGGGUUUUGGCUCAGUCGAGAAUAUCUCCCUCGAUGACUUCUAAUAAUAAAUCGGAUUUAUCGGUGGACUCGUGAUGGUGAUCAGCCUUUUUUACUAAAAAGCAAAAAGUACAUUUUCAUAUCAUCAAGUCUUAUAUUUUAAAAGUGUUUUAUAUUACAGUUUACAUGAAUAUCAUAUGGGAGUCGUGGAAGUGUGUUUGUAUUUGAUGAAUAAAUGUAAUCAUGUGUCGUGGCUUUACUUAUUAGCCCUUGCCCGACAUAGAAAACAAAACAAAUUAAUUAAGUUAUCAUUUUGUGAAUUUCUCUUUCUUCUAUUAUAAUAUGUGUAACACCGUUUAUGAAUUGGUAUAUUGAUUUCGUGUUAACUCUGACCUUAAUAACAUUUUGAUUAUACAUUAACUGACCAUCAACAAAUAAUUUUGCGGUAGACUUCUACAACAUUUGCUAUCUAUUAAAUUUUUUGCAACGGUUGAUUUAUGAUGGAUUACAAAUGAUACAAAAUUUGUUGUAAAUAUUGCACAAAUACAAUGAAUUUAUGAUAAAAACUAAAACAACGUAUUUACUAAAUUUAAAUUUAUCGUAUUUUAUUUUAAAUAAUCGUUUAAAUGAAUAUAUAACAACAUUUGAAGUAAAAUUAUAAUAAAUGACAUGUUUUAUAAUAUUAUUUUCUUUAAAGUUGGAAAGUUAAUUAGAAAUCAACAGUGUAAGUUAUUUAUAUUUAUUUCAGGAUAGGGAAAGUCAUUGCAGCAUUCUAUUUGAUGAUCUAUGGAUAAACAACCCAAAGAGGAAGACACUUAACAAAUAUACAUGCUUUUAGCCUUUCUGUUUUUUCUUUUUUGGUAUGCACACAAGCUUGUGUUUUAAACUUUUGAAUGGUUUUAAUACAAAACGGUGUAUAAGAUACGAGGAGAAACCAUGCUGUUUGAGUAUGAUAAUGAUGAUACACAUGUUAUGAUAUAGUAUACACAUUCAAAACAACGUUGCUCUUUUUUUUUCUUUUUUUUUUGUUAAACAACGUUGCUCUUUUCCCACAAAAAUGUAUGUAUACUUGAUGAUUUAAGAUAUAUACUCCUACAUACCAACUGUUGAUCAACUUCCAAAGCAACUAUAGUUGGAACUAACAUAUACACUCACUCAAAUAUAUAGAUCACACCAUACAGGGCCGUGGCCAAUCAAGAAAAAAUAAGGCAUUUGCACUAUAUAGCCCAUGAUUUUUUUAUUUUUUUUCGAAAUCUAUAUAGCCCUUGAUGACAUUAAGCAUAUUUCGAGGCUUCCAAUUUUAAAAAAUAUAAUUUUGGUUAGUAUAAAAAUAAAAUACGUAUUUAAGUGUUAUUUCCUAAAUCUAAAUUUUCAUUUGACAAGAUUAAAAACAUAGUAUUAGAGAUCUCUAAUGUUUCAUAUAAUAUUAUUUAAAUAAAACUUAUAACCUCUAUUUUAAUUUGAUAUAAAUUACCUCUGUUUGCUUUAGGCCACUUGCAGCCUGGACAAGUCACUCUAUUAUACAUUCUCAUUAUCACAUGUUUAUUAACAUUUCAUAUCAUCAUUUUGUUGUCUUUACCAACUACUAAUUCAACACUCUUUCAGGUUUUAUAUUAAUACUAAUUUUAUCUAAUAAAAAUAAAAACUUUAUUUCACCAGUAUUUAUAGAUUUAAAAUGUUGAAGAUCAUUAAUAUUUUAAAUUUUAAAAAUAAUUUUUAUCAGAUCAAUUUAACUAAAAAUUAAAAGUAUAAAUAAAAUUUAUUAAAUAUCUCUAUAUAUCAAUUCAAUCAUCGCUGGCCACCUAGACUACUUUAAAUAAAGAGAAUACGUUGAGUGUCAUGGGUCUCAUGGAACUAAUCGGUUGACCUUGGUCGCUGAAAUCCCACGGUUAUAAAAAUAUAUAAAACAAAAGAAUAUAAUUUUAAAAAUUAUUAUUAUCUGAUGAUGCUAAGUUUUUGACGGAGCCGCAAGACU